ACUCCGAGCCGCUGGGGGGCGCGCGUCACUCUGCGUCACGUGUGCAAACGCCGUGUCCACGAAGGCCGAGGUAGCUGCGGCUUAGAUGAGGAGCAGCUGAACCUGCGUCGCACGAAGUCCUUCGCCUAGUUGACAAUUUGAUUUCGAUUAUUCACUCUCAUCCAAAGAUGGUUCGACCACAUUUUGGACCACCUCGUUUGAAGCCCAGGCCUUACGGAGAUGGUCACAGCAUCGGCCCCAAUGAUGGGAAUUACAACCCCCACUCCAAAAGUCGAAGAGAUGUCCAGGGGGCCCCUUUUCACUGGAGAGAUUCCAGAGGCAGAGGUCGCCCCCCAGUCGUCAAAAGAGUACCCUUGAUGGGGGAGCAAAGGGAGCCACGUUUCAAUCACUGGAGGUCCCAGAAUCAGGAUUCCUUUCACUCGUAUCCUCCCAAAAUGGAACCACACCACAACCAGAGGAGGUCCCCAUUCAGGCAGAAUCGCUCCCCUCACGGCCCGCAUCAUUCAUCCCCUCGCAGUCCUGCACAAGGAUCCCAGAAUCAAAGGGGCCCGCCUUUCCACGGCCACCCCUCGAGUCACAGAUCGCCCCCCCCUAGACAUUUCCGUGGCCAGCUGCCUGAUAGGAGGCCAGGCUCUGCACCAACCUACCAGGGGUCUUUCAGGGGCCACAAAAGGCAGUCAGGUUUUCAACAUCAGGAGCAGCGGAGUCGAGACCCUCGUGGGAGUUUCAGUCCCAGAGAAAGGCCCUAUGAGCACUCUGGUCAUGGCAUGAAGCGUUGGAACGAGGCCGGAGGGUUCUCUCACCCACACAAUGGAGAACACGGGCCCUCUGGUUCCCAGAGAAACCCCAGAGAGAUGCAUGGGAGAGGCUCAUGUCCAGAGAGGUACAGGAGUGAAGCAACAGCCCCAGCUGGGUGGUCAUCUGAGCAAGACUCCAGGCGUCAGCGUGGUCCGGUGGAGAGGCAGGGCAGCCGAUCCCACAGUAGGGAGAGGGCACAGAAUGUCCCCCACCCACCCCCUUUCAGAUCCCCCUCAUGGAAAGGGGGUCCGUCGCCAUCCUCCUCCUACCACAGGAACCCUGAGGAGAGGCAAGUGGCGGGACCCCGCAAGAGGAGGAUAUCAGACAUCAUCAUGCCCUCGUCGGACCCGGCACCCGAGCACGGCGUUCAAAAACAGCCACGGAGAGAGAGGCCCCAGCUGCUCAGUAUGCCCCGGCCGUUUGGUGGUAAACCUUUGUCUCUUAGGGAUAGAAGUUACCUGGUUAAGAGCGGACAGGUGCAAGCGGAGUCCCUCAUGAGGCUCAGAAUACCGACGACAGUGAGACCUGCGGCUGGCCAGGACGACCCCUCCUCGCGGGACAAUGCCAGCGCUGUCCUAGCUAUCAGGAAAAAGCGUUUCCAGUCAAAUGCUGUUCCCCUGAACAUGGUGGAGCCGAGGAGAGGCAGACCCCAACAGUCGCCCCCCGGUGAUGAAAGCAAUGCCAGCAAGUCGUCAGGGGAUUCUGACACAGACAAAGAACAGGUGGAGUCUCGCCGGCCCUUGAACCCACACAGGUCGUCUUCUCCAAUAGAGAAACGGGACCUCGUGGUGUUGUCCCACUGGCCCCCCGGGCCGAGCUGCUCCUCCAAGGACGGCUCCCCUGCCAAAGAGCGCAGCCCGAAGAACGAUACAGAUGCCACACUGAACAGCCGACUCUCAAAGACGUCUGAUUCCAGAUCGUCGUCUGAAGACCGGAGACCAGGCUACAUGGAUAAGAGGAUGUUCAGGCCCUUUAAUAUGAUGCAGGAGAGCUACAGACCCGGGAGGCCUUUCAGGAGACCUGGACAAGGACCCAUGCAGAGACCACGGUUCACUGGUGGCCCAAGGAAGACGGGCCCCGAAAUGUCAGGAAAUAUUAGACGGCCGCUCAUGGAGAGCCUAGUGACGCGUCCCUUCCCAAACCAGAGGCCAGUGUUCAGAAAGAGUCACUGCAUCAUGUCCAAAUACCGCACCAUGAGGGUGAUGCGUCAGCGCGUGCCGUACAACCGAGGGCCCAACCAGCAGCGCUGGUGAUGACCUCACAGGUUACACUCUACUGGAUACUGGAGAAAGUCCUCAACAGCUUCUCUGCAGGGUGGACUGCCCCAGACAGUCUCUCCCUGCCUGUAUAUUGUAAAAGUUUUGUCGCUUAAGUUUGUUUUCUGGUACAUUUUUCAUUUGCAUCUUUUAGGUGUUGCAGUAACGUAUGCUGUGGCGUUCAAUUUCUUUUCUUGUGUAUAAUUAUUUAGGAGUGCUGCCGAUUACGUUGGCAGUCUUUUCAUUAAGAGUUUUUUUGUUUGUUAACCAGCAGAAAUCAGGUUUGUGAAGUCCAAGAAACCUUUACUUUACAUUCUCAAGUUUACUGUUUGUGAAGACUAAUCACCUGAAAUGUCCCGUUUGAGUAAUGUAACUAUGGGCAUCUUGAUUAAUGACACUUAGCAACUGCUUUUUAAACUUGUAUAAUCACAUGUUCAAACUUGAAAUAAAAACAUAUUUAACAAGCUC